AUGGUUUCCUUCCCUCUUUUCUUUCACUCCCUUAUUUGUUGCAUCCCUCAGUACCCUUUAAUCUAUACUUCUUCAACAGAUCACAGUUUAUACAGCUUCCUUUCAGUUGCAGUGUUGCAUGGCGGUCUAGCUGGGUACCAGGAUUUUUGGGUUUCUGUUUGUUUGCAUUUAAUGAAAAUGGAGGAUCUUGAAUCAAUUGAACAAGAUGUGAAAAAUAAUUUAGAUUCUGGAGAGCUUGAGGGUGCAGCUGAUGAUACUGCAAGACUUUCGGUCAGUGCUGGUGAACAAGAAGUUAUUGGUCUUCUGCUACAUACAACUGAAGGAAAUACUGCUGCUGGCCAGCAUCCAAUGACAGUGAAUAUUGAAGGAUCUGUGGUUACUGAUUCUGAACACACUGUACAGGCUGUCACGUUAGCUGAUGGUACCACAGCUUAUAUCCAGCCUACGAAAGUUGAAGAAGCCAAAUUCCUAGAAGGCACAGCUGUAACAUUAGAUGAUGGCACAACUGCAAUUAUGCACACAGGGUUGGCUGAAAAGGCUGAAAUAGUCCCUGAACCAGAAACCACAACAAAGUUUGUUGACGGUCAACCAGUGCAAUUAGAAGAUGGCAGCACAGCCUAUCUUCAUCAUCAUCACAAAGAAGGUCUCCAGCCUGUACAGUUAGAAGAUGGUACCACAGCCUAUAUUGCUCACACUAGCCCCCAGACUCUCUUUGGUGAUGCAACAAACUUGGAAGAUCCAGAAGCUCUCCACUUGGAAAAUCUUAAUUCACAUGUAGCAAAUGCAACUUCUAUUCAUGAUGAUGAUGAUGAUGUGGAUAUUAAGCCAUCUACUGCAGCCAUUACGGUGAUCUCUAAUUCCAAUCAGAUGGCCGCAGAAAAGGCUCUUGCUAUCCAGGGGGAGAGGUCGUACCGUUGUGCAUUUGAAGGUUGUGGACGUCUUUAUACUACGCAACACCAUCUCAAAGUCCAUGAACGCUCGCACACUGGAGAUCGUCCUUUCAAGUGUGAGUUCACCAGUUGUGGAAAGGCGUUUGCCACAGGUUAUGGCCUCAAAAGCCAUACCAGAGUUCACACUGGGGAGAAACCUUACAAGUGUCCUAAAGAUAACUGUGAUAAAGCUUUUAAGACAUCAGGAGACCUUCAAAAACAUGUCCGCACGCACACAGGUGAGCGGCCAUUUAAAUGUCCUUUUGUGGGUUGUGCGAGGUCAUUCACAACAUCUAAUAUUCCUACAAAUUACAAGAACCAUGUACGCAUACAUACGGGAGAGAAGCCUUAUGUAUGUACGGUACAAGGUUGUGGCAAACGAUUUACAGAAUAUUCAAGCCUUUACAAACAUCAUGUAGUGCACACACAUUCCAAGCCUUACGUGUGCAAUCAUUGUGGCAAGACAUAUCGCCAGACAUCCACAUUAGCAAUGCAUAAGCGUACUGCUCAUGGGGAAGAGGUCAGUUCAGAAGGAGAUGCUCUUUAUUGUCCUGACCAAGCUUUAGAUAUCUCGUACACAGUUGUGGAUGAGUGUAUGGAUACUCCAAAGAAGAAACCUCGACUUCAUUACAAUCUUACAACUGCUGAUGCGACUGGGCUCCAAGAAGAUGGAGAAGGCACAUUAGUUAUCAACACUUCAGAUAGUGGACAAGUGUGCUACACAUCAGAGGGUCAACAGAUUACUAUGAUGGCUGGAACUGAGCGUGUGAGUGUGGUGGCUGAUGACAACACAAUGGUAGCUUUACAGGCAAUUCCUCACCCAGCACAAACCACAAUCAACCAACACGGGGUGGCUCAUAUCAGUCUUGGGGAUCACAAUCAACAUGUGUUUGUUGUCACAGAUCCAUCACAGUUGCAAGCACUGCAGGUAAAACAGAACUUCUUUCUUUCUCCUUUCUUUCUUUCUUUCUCCUUUCUUUCUUUUUUUCUCCUUUCUUUCUUUUUUUCUCCUUUCUUUCUUUCUUUCUCCUUUCUUUCUUUCUUUCUCCUUUCUUUCUUUCUCCUUUCUUUCUUUCUCCUUUCUUUCUUUCUCCUUUCUUUCUUCUUUCUUUCUUUCUCCUUUCUUUCUUCUUUCUUUCUUUCUCCUUUCUUUCUUCUUUCUUUCUUUCUCCUUUCUUUCUUCUUUCUUUUUGCUUUCUUUCUUUCUUUUUGCUUUCUUUCUUUCUUUUUGCUUUCUUUCUUUCAUUUUGCUUUCUUUCUUUCUUUUUGCUUUCUUUCUUUCUUUUUCCUUUCUUUCUUUCUUUUUCCUUUCUUUCUUUCUUUUUCCUUUCUUUCUUUUAUAUAA